AUGGAUGAGCAACAAAUACUGAUCGCGAAAAUAGACAAGAAGUCAUCAUGGUUUGACGCUCGUAUUAAAAUAUGUAUUUAUACCAUCAUCUGGGGAUGUUCUCUUGAAAUGCUGAACAUAUCAGAAACUCAGUACAUAUAUUCGUACCUUAAGGAUCACAAUUUACCAACUAAUAAUACAUCGGUAAAACAAUAUAAUUCGAUAAAAGAGAUGAGCUGCAGUGAAAAUUUGACGUCUGCAACAGACGAUUAUAUUCAGGGAUUAGCAUCGGACUGGACUUGGUACAUGCAACUUGUGAUUUACAGUUUUGGAUUGCUUGUUAUGUCUGUGUUAGGACCUUUGUCGGAUAAAGUAGGUCGGAAACCAGUUCUUAUUUUUACUGUCUCUCUUUUUGCGAUAACAUUCGCAUUGCGGACAUAUGCCGUGUAUGCAAAACUGAAUCUAUACUGGUACCUACUAUUUUGCGUUGUGGAGGGUUUAGCUGGUUGCCAUUAUACAUAUGAUGUUAUUUGUCUUUCAAUACUUAACACAUGCACAAAACAAGAUGAAUCUAAACCAUUCAAUAUAGCACUAUUUGAUACUAUGAUGGUAAUUGGAAUUUGUGUCUCUGAUAUAACGACUGGUUAUCUUAUCAAGCUGACUGGAUACACGUACCCUUUCCUUACAGGAACUGCGUUAUUAGUUUUAAUUCUUAUUCUAAUUAUCAUCACGAAGGAAAACUAUAAAUUACCAAUCAAGCAGAAUCCUGUAAACAUUUCGUCUUCAUUUAUUGACGUAUGUUCACUGUGUAGAAGGACUAACAUAUUAAUGAAUUCUACUAGACAAUUAUUUUUGAUGUAUAUACUUGUAUACUUUACAAAUGAAUUUCCUUAUUUGGCAAACGGAGGUAUAAGAACAUUGUAUGAGCUUGGAGCUCCUCUUUGCUGGACCUCUGUCAAAGUAGGAUGGUAUACAGCUGCUGCAUAUUUUUGUGAAUUUGUCAUUGGAAUCUUGAUUCUUAAAUCUUUUCUUCUUUGUAUGAAGGACCAUACAAUAGCCUUUUUGGGAUUCACUUCUUCAGUAACGUGUUACAUAGUGUUUGGAUUUUCGUCAUCUGAUUGGAUGAUUUACCUGGCUACUGCCAUUGGUGUCAUCCGAAUAUUACCAAUACCGAUAAUAAAGUCAAUCCUUUCUCGAAUGGUCCAUUCAGACAAACAAGGAGCCCUUUUUGCUAAUAUAUACCUACUAGAAGCUGUGUGCCGACUUGGUGGUUCCACAUUAUUUAACAAUAUAUACCACCACACUCGUCCGAUAUUUAAAGGCAUGGUAUUCUUUGUUAUGGCUUUAUUUCCAUUGUGUGCUGGUAUUCUCUUAAUGUGCAUGACAUGCAGAAACACUCAAUCAGAUAAAAUAGAGAUUAAAGUUGAAGAACCAACAGUUCAGAACAGGAAAGAAAAUUGCGAUUGUGAAGAAAAUCUCGAGAAAUCACAGAAGGAAGAUAUACUUGUUAUCGCAAAAAACUAA